CCCAGGCUCUUCAUUCUUUUGCAAAAAAAGGAUUUGGAAAAGGGCGAGGAGAACACGGCUCGGGCGCUUGGAGGAGGAGGCCGGCUAGCCUGGGGAGGGGGCUUUUUUCCGCGAUGGACGAACAGCCGAGGCUGAUGCAUGCCCACACCGGGGUGGGCAUCGCCGGCCACCCCGGCCUGUCCCAGCAUCUUCAGGACGGGGCCGGGGGCACAGAGGGCGAGGGAGGGAGGAAGCAAGACAUUGGAGACAUUUUACAACAGAUCAUGACCAUCACGGAUCAGAGUUUGGACGAAGCACAGGCCAGGAAGCACGCUCUCAACUGCCACCGAAUGAAGCCGGCCUUGUUUAACGUGUUGUGUGAAAUCAAAGAGAAGACGGUUCUGAGCAUCCGGGGGGCUCAGGAGGAGGAGCCGACGGACCCUCAGCUGAUGCGGCUGGACAACAUGCUGCUGGCCGAGGGCGUGGCGGGGCCGGAGAAGGGCGGAGGGUCGGCGGCCGCGGCGGCCGCGGCGGCCGCGUCCGGAGGGGCCGGCUCCGACAACUCCGUGGAGCACUCCGACUACCGGGCCAAGCUGUCCCAGAUCCGGCAGAUCUACCACACCGAGCUGGAGAAAUACGAACAGGCAUGCAACGAGUUCACGACGCACGUGAUGAACCUGCUGCGGGAGCAGAGCCGGACGCGGCCCAUCUCCCCGAAGGAGAUCGAGCGCAUGGUCAGCAUCAUCCACCGCAAGUUCAGCUCCAUCCAGAUGCAGCUCAAACAGAGCACGUGCGAGGCCGUCAUGAUCCUGCGCUCACGCUUCCUGGACGCCAGGAGGAAGAGACGGAACUUCAACAAACAGGCCACGGAAAUCCUCAACGAAUAUUUCUAUUCCCACCUCAGCAACCCUUACCCCAGCGAGGAAGCCAAAGAGGAGCUGGCUAAGAAAUGUGGCAUCACGGUCUCCCAGGUAUCAAACUGGUUUGGGAAUAAGCGAAUCCGGUACAAGAAGAACAUAGGUAAAUUUCAAGAAGAAGCGAAUAUUUAUGCUGCUAAAACGGCUGUCACAGCUACCAAUGUGUCAGCUCAUGGAAGCCAAGCCAACUCACCCUCAACUCCCAAUUCAGCUGGUUCUUCCAGUUCUUUUAACAUGUCAAACUCUGGAGAUUUGUUCAUGAGCGUGCAGUCCCUCAAUGGGGAUUCUUACCAAGGGGCUCAGGUUGGAGCGAACAUACAGUCACAGGUGGAUACUCUUCGCCAUGUUAUCAGCCAGACAGGAGGAUACAGUGAUGGUCUCACCGCCAGUCAGAUGUAUAGCCCACAGGGCAUCAGCGCUAACGGGGGUUGGCAAGAUGCGACCACCCCCUCAUCCGUCACCUCCCCCACAGAAGGCCCCGGCAGCGUCCACUCCGAUACCUCCAACUGACCUCUCGGCCCUCGCAUCCCUGGCUUGACCCCCCUCCCCCCCGACCCAGGCGGGGGCGGUGGGGGCGGGGGGGAGACCCCCGAGGGAGGCUCGCUCUCCCCGCCGCCGAAACCGUCCGCCUGGAGGUCAAAGCGAUCGGCCAACACAAUAAGAGUCUCUCCUCUUCUGUCCUUUGGGAUGCUGUUUCAGCCAAUCUGGACACUUCUUUCUACUCUCUUCCCUUUCUUUUCUGGGUAGAAGCCUCUCUUCUUCCUCCCCGCCCCCCUCGCCGCCUCCUCCAGCUGUUCCCCCUUCCCCCACUCCCGCCAUCAUCCAUCCGCUCACCCCCACCCCGCACGGAGGGAUCGCUUCGACCGUUAGCGGGAUUAAAAGAGGAAAACAGACCGGUCGCAAAGAGGAAUAAUCAAAGCGUCUGUAGGUUUCCCUGCUGGUGGGUUUGGGGGGGACGGACGGGUUUUACCUCACUCGCCCCCCCGCCCCCAGGCAUAGCGAGCUCCCCGCCCCCAGUCUCCCACAGCCUGGCUUUUGCCUCAUUCUACCUCUCCGUGGAGCCCACCCCCUGCCCCCGGCACCUCUAGGACCGGGCCGGCCGCCGCGUUUCCACUUCAGGUGGGUCGGGGGCGGCGGGGAGGGUCCCCAGAAGUCCUUCCUCUCUCCGGUCUCUCCCGGCCGACCAUUUCCAGGACCGCUCUGUCGAGGGGGGAUCAGGGAAACCCCCGCCCGCCCCGCCGACUCCCAACCAGAGACACACUUCUUCCCCGGCCACAGGCCCUACGUGCCGCCAGGCCGGACGCAGGCGCUGACCGCGAGGGAGGGUUUUUGCCGGGGGAGGGGAGCUUUGCGGGGGUCUAGGCGCCCGAGGGAUAAGGGGGCAGACGGGACGAUGUCUCUCCUCAUCGCCAUAAGCGACGGUCCCCACGCCCGCCUGAGAGAGAGGCGCUCACCCUCAUGGGAAAUUCCGAUACCGUGGCACGGGCCGCCGGUCAUUAGGGCUCUUCAGAGCCACCUCUGCAAGCAAUAAAGCCCGUCACUUCGCCCCCUCACCGAACAUCGGGUCCCAAACUCCUCCCGGGACUCCGUUUUUGUAUUGCCUUGUGGUACAUUUUGAGCGCUUACUAUUCGCCAAGCGCCGGGGUGGAAACAGGGCCAUCCAGUUGGUCACAGACCCUCGUGAACCCUCCCGGGGCUCACAGUCGAAGAAAGGGAGAGCGGGAAAUCUCACCUCCCCCCCGCCAAUUUUGCAGUUGAGGAAAGUGAGGUCCCGGUGACUCCCCCAACGUCGCCCAGCAGGCCGGGGGCCGAACGGGAUCUAGACUUGGAUCUGGCCGGCUCUCUUCACCGUCCGGUUGGCGGGGAGGGUCUCAUCGACCUCCCCGGGGAGAGCGAGCGAGGUUGGGUCGGCUUUGUCGGCCGAGGGCUCGGACUUCCCACACGCUGCCGCCGGGCUGCCCUGGCGAAGAGGGGGAAAGGCGCCAUUUCCAAACGAGGAGGAGGUCGGUUUCCAAUCCCGGGGGGGCGGGUCCGACCGGCCCCUUUGCUGGCGAUGGCCACAAGGAGCCGCAAAGCCUCCGGGAGGCGCCGACCGGGCCUUUCCCCGGGCUCCCCGCCCCGUUGUGGCCCCCGACCCCGAGUGGACGCAGUCCCCCUCCUUCCCGGCCACCAGCGCCAGGGGCCAGCGAGGAGAAGGUUGACAGACAAGCCGCGGGCUCCCCGGAGGGGGCAUCUGGAGGCGAGACGGCCCCGUUGAGGGAAGCGGGGUGUGGGUCCCCCAAAAGGAGGGUGUGGGUCUGGAAGCGGGGAGGUCCCUUCCCCAGGUAAUGGGUCUCGGGCCAGGAGCAGCUUCAGGCCGUGAGACCUCCCACCUCCACCACAGACCGUCUCUGUAGUGGACCCUGCUUCACCCUCCGUCUUCCCACCCACUUCCGUCCCUCUCCUGCUCCUCUCCCACUUUCCCAGUAGCCGGGAUCCCCCUGCCUCCUGGAGGCGGAAGGUAAACACCAGAGGCCGGAAAUCCACAGUUCCGAAGUCACUCAGGCCCCCAAGUUCACCCCUGGCCUUCCCGUGUUCCCUGACGGAGAGCGGAUUGGGCGUUGAAGGGGGGAGUCCGAACGGCUCCUCUCCUGUGGGACGGCUUUGACCCCCGACCCCACCACGACCACAUCCUGACCCCCCCCACCCCACCCCCGACUCUCCUCAGCGUCGUCCUAGACUCCUCACCCGCCCCUUGGUGUCCUUCAGCCACCUUCCUGGAACUUGGCUUUUACUUUAACGCCGCGAGGCUCUCAUCUCCCUUCUUUCUUCUCUCCCUUUUCUUUUUUUUUUCUUUUUUGCUGGUUGCCUUUCUCACCCCCUGUCUUCAUAACUCGUCUGCCUUGUUUUCGUUUUCUGCCCAGAAAACCUGACUUAUACCAAAAAAGAAACUGCAGAAACUCAAAUUAAAAAAAAAACCUUAAAAAAAACUUAAAAAAAAAUAUUCGACGAUCCUUUCAGCUUUAUUAACAUUUUCCAUUGUUUCUUGCGACUUGUGUCUCGUUCUUUGUAGUAUUAAUGAUGAACAUUUGAUAAUGAAUGUUCUUGUAUAUUCAGAUAAAGGAAAAAAAACCAAAAAAGUGGUCGGAAUUUAAUAGUGUUUAUAAUAAAAAUUUUAAAAACGACCUCCAUGGCACUCGAAAACAGGAAGGGGGUUUCAUCCCUCGCCUUUCUGUGACAUCGUGCUUCAUUCAUUCUCCCCUUUUGUUUCUAACAUCAGACGACCUACAUGCCUCAUUUUGACCCAUUUUAUUUUUUAUUUUCUCGCAUUUGUGAAUUAGUUCAAGAAUGCUAGAAAAGUGUCGGGUUGUGCACACCAUUUCCUAUUUCACCACGUUUAAAAGUGACAGUAAAUCAUUUUGUAAACUAAGGAAAAAAAAAGGUUGGAAUAGUGAGCAAAAUAAGUCCGCCCUAACUCGCUCUUACGUUGAUUAACUUUAAGACCCGGAAGUCCGUUCUUUUAUUUUCCCGGUUCUUUAGAAAAAGACAAAAAGAGACAAAAAAAAAAAAUCGUUCCUUUUUAUUCUGCAUUAUUUCGGGGGAGGGGGGAGGGUUGUUUUUGUUUAUCGUCCAGAUGAUGGCCUUGCCGUUUGUUUGUUUAUUCCUUUUUAAGAUGUAACCGAGGUGAUGUGAAAAGCUGGUAACGGUUGGCUCGGUUCUCCGCUCCCCCCCGCACCUCCGGGCCCGACCCGCUCAAAAAGCAGGAGCGAAGCGACGGGGAGGCGAAGGUCCACGUCACAGGGGUUUCUGGGAGAUCGGCGGCCCCUUGGCGGUUCGGAGUCCGCGGGGCAGGGCGAAGACCCGCUCGGUUUUCUACCGGCCCGAGGUGGGACCCCCGCCGGACUCCCCCCGCCCCGGGCAUCCCUGAGCCGGACGGAUCGGCGACGGGAAAGAGGCCGGUCGGAGCCCGCUCGACUCCCGCCGCCCGCCGUUUCCAAGCGUAAGAUUGGCGUCCGGGCCCGGCUCCUCCCCGCACGUGCCGGGGGUUUGGAGAGGUCGUCGGAAGGAAUGGUCGUGGGAAAGCGGGAUUUUUCGGACGCCCCCGAGAUCCGGGAGACUUCGAGAACGUGGACAAGGCUCGGGGCGUGGGGGAGACUCUGGACCCCCUCCGGGCGGGAUCUCGCGGGAAGACGUCUCUCGAGGGUCGGCGCCGCUUCCAGGAACUGAGGCCUCCUCCCCUAGUCCCAGCCGGAUGCCGUGACUGUCCGAAAUCGUGAAAACGCCCACGGUCGUCCUUCCUCCGGCCUUCCCCUGGGACGGACCCGCUUGAAAUCUGGCCGAAAUAUGAGCUCGGGGGACGGGAUGAGAAUGUCACCGAAGACGUUGACUCCGCGUGGACCCGGGAGCCUCCCCGCUCUCCGGACCGACUGCUCUCCCCACAGAAGAUGGCCGCCGCUCGGGAGCCGUCUUCAGCCCCGACAAGGUUUUCCCCGGCCCGGACGAGCAAACGGAAAAGAAAGGAACGAGGACGGACAGGAGACGAGGAGGGGGCGUUAAGUCACCUGUGGGAAGCGCCCGGCCAGCGUGGCAAAGCCUGCCAAUGUGGAAGCGCCACUAAGCCAGAGUGGAGCUUAGUCCGAACCGCUGGUUUGAUUCAUUCACCGAGAGGGAGAAAGGCCCCGGGCUCCAAAAUCCACAGGGAAGCUACGCAGAGGGAAGGGGGGAGGUCGGAAAACCAGAGACCCAGAGAUGAGGCCUCUCGGCCCCACGGUGUCGCCUUGCCUUUAAGCCGUAGAAAAAUGAGCUUUUCACAUCAGCCUCUUCCUUCCCUUCUCUAGCUCCAAGCUCUCCGGAAUCUCUUUGAUUUUUUGAAAAGCCUUUUUUUUAUUAUUAUUAUUAUUAAAACAAAUGAAUCAUUAAAUGUUGUCGGGUUUUUUUCUCCCCUCCUCCCCAUCCCCCACCCCCCCGUCAACCCUACUCCUUGAUGCUCCUUCUUUUUCCGUUCUCUUGUGAAAUUUUUCCCGUUGUUUUGAAAUGUUUUCUCUCGGUUGUCGGUCCCAUCCCCCUCCCGUCUCCCCCCCCCCCAACCCCACCCCACCCUGCUCCGAUUCUUACGAUUCAGAAUAUGAAACCCGCAGAACUCUGCUGUUUUGGUUUGGAAAAGUUUAAGCUUCUCUGUGGUUCUGUGAGAACGCUGGCUUCAGUCCUUUCGAUUCCAACUGAAAGUUUUGUGUUCUCUAAUGAUACUAACAAGGUGUAGGUUUUACAGUCUCCUAAUUUGUACUGGUAAUGCAUAUUCCAAAUAAAUAGUUUCUUUUGUUGCAAA